AUGGCGUCCGUCACAUGUCUGGCUUUACAGCCCUCGUUAACGCUCUCUACAAAAACAUCUAUCAUCACCGAGGUUGAGAGAAGCAUGUCUAUAUCACCGUCUGAAAUGAAGGUGAAGCGUAUCGACCCACCCGCCAAGUCCAGCUCGCCGACUAGCGACUCCCAGCCAACGUCGGCAUCAACCUCUAUAAAUCACUCUCGCUCAGCAUCGCGGAGCACGAUCCGCUCGCGACCCAGCAGCCGCCGUAGCUCCCUUCACUCAGCACGCCGGACAGUGCCAAAAGCAUCCAUCGUGCCAGUCCCAUCGUCUCGCAGCUCACCGCAAGAAAGGCGCGAGUCCCUCAUAGCCCUGCACCGAGAAUCAUGCCGAUUAUUCCAGGAACCAUCAGAGUCAGAGCGUGCAACACUCCAACGAGCAGCAUCAGCAACAUAUAGAACUCGUCGCGAAAGCCUUUCAUUAACAGAAAAAGGCAGUUCGGCGCCCUCAUCCCCGAACGUCUCCUCAUACUCCGAUUUCCGCUUCGAGCCCGAGCCGCCAACACACGUAGCGCACUUUCUCACGUCGAGAGAUCGCUCAAAUACAAUGCCGGUAGGCAGACUAUCGUCCUCAUCUGUCUACGUCCCGGCGACAGUAAUGGAAUGGACAUCGCCUGAUACCCGGCGUCGAGAGUAUGAGAAAAUCGACCGCGCAAGUAGUGGUGUGCGAGGCUUUUGGCGCCGUGUUGCGCCGCGCUGUUUCCAGACUCGCGAUGCGCGAAUCCCGUUCUUCGAAGAGGGAAAGCCCGAGCGCGAGGGAAGUGUGCGUCGGUUCCGUAUGGACAUUCCGGAAGAUGAACCAUGUUCUCCGACCAACACGACUAUGGAAUUCAAAAAAUCGGACUCUGAUGGUGCUCGACGACGGCGCUGGGCGUAUCUUCGCACCAAGAGCUCUCCCUCUAACAUCUAA